AUGCAUAGAGCGGAGAUACGAAUCGUGUCAUUUGAUAUGUUUAGUAUUCGCUAUGAUAGACGGUGCCGUCAAAACGAAGAUAAGUCUAACUAUCAAACCGAGAUGAAGCUCUUCCACGUUGUUCUCGCCGCUGCUGUACUGUACAUGAUCCAAGUCGGCGUCGAGGCCGAGGAAAGCGCUGCCGAAACUGGCCCCGGCAUUCUGCCGCCUCCGAACAAGAACUGGGACUCCCACCCUGAUUGCAGAGGCGGCCGAUUCAACCGCAAUUGCCAUCACCUGAGACAGCGAGGUGCGCUUCCGACUCAAACCAAGAGCUCAGGAUGA